CCUUUGGACUCAAGUUACUAGCGAACCGCGUCUCGGCCUCGCCAGGAAAUUACUAAAUUUCCUCUGGGAUCAAAUAGAAUUUUAUAAGAACAUAAUGGAUGGAGAGGAAAAAACCUACGGUGGCUGUGAAGGCCCUGAUGCUAUGUAUGUGAAAUUAAUACCUUCCGAUGGUCAUGAAUUCAUUGUAAAAGGAGAACAUGCAUUAACACCAGGAACAAUAAAGGCCAUGUUGAGUGGUCCAGGUCAGUUCGCCGAGAAUGAAACCAACGAGGUCAAUUUUAGAGAGAUCCCUUCACAUGUGCUAUCGAAAGUGUGCAUGUAUUUCACCUACAAGGUCCGCUCUACUAACAGCUCCACUGAAAUUCCUGAAUUCCCAAUUGCUCCUGAAAUUGCACUGGAACUGCUGAUGGCCGCGAACUUCCUAGAUUGUUAAAUAAAAUAAAUUGUAAUAAACUGUUAAUGUUUUUCAGUAUUUAAUACCUGUAGUUCAGUUAGUAAUUUUUUCACAUAUAGCAUGUUGCCUGUAUGAAAUUGAACUCUAAAGUUAAUUGCUGAGCAGAUUCAUUCUGUCAUUUGCAUAGCAGAGUUGAAAUUUGUUUGCUACAUCAACAAAUUAAGGACGUCUCACGAGCCAAAAAAUAAAUAAAUAAUGCCAGUUUCUAGGUGGUUUGUUCUCUCCUUUGGAUGUGACCUUUAAAAUUAUAAGUGAUAUAGCAAAUCCUGGAAUGUAAGCGUAAAUGAAUAUUCGACAGUUAAAUACAGGGGCUUUUUAUGUUUUUAGUGUUUUCUUUAAGAACCAGUUCUGAUCUUAAGCCACUGAGAGUUAUGCAAAUAAUUACAUGAAAAACAUGUUUAUAACUUAGCCAAACCGUGAUUUUUGUAACUCAAAGAAUAAGAGUUGAAAUUCCUUAUGUCUUUUUUGAUAAACUGCAGUAUUGUUUAAGU